AUGACUCUCACUAAAAUGGAGGUCGACUCUGGUAAGGGUGAAGGAUUUCGCCCUUACUAUAUCACCAAGAUUGAAGAGCUCCAACUGAUUGUUGCUGAGAAGUCUCAAAAUCUUCGUCGUCUGCAAGCCCAGCGUAAUGAACUUAACGCUAAAGUCCGUAUGUUGCGAGAAGAGCUUCAGCUCUUACAAGAACAAGGCUCCUAUGUCGGCGAAGUCGUCAAACCUAUGGACAAGAAGAAAGUUCUUGUGAAGGUGCAUCCUGAAGGUAAAUUUGUGGUAGACUUGGACAAGAAUGUAGAUAUCAACGAUGUAACAGCUAACUGCAGAGUAGCGCUGCGUAACGAAAGCUACACACUUCAUAAAAUCCUGCCAAACAAAGUAGAUCCUCUUGUCUCACUUAUGAUGGUUGAAAAAGUUCCGGAUUCCACUUACGAGAUGGUGGGAGGUUUAGACAAACAGAUCAAGGAGAUUAAGGAGGUCAUUGAGCUGCCAGUUAAACAUCCAGAACUGUUUGAUGCUCUGGGUAUUGCUCAGCCUAAGGGUGUACUGUUGUAUGGACCACCAGGUACUGGUAAGACGCUGCUGGCUCGUGCUGUCGCUCAUCACACCGAGUGCACCUUCAUCCGUGUCUCAGGUUCUGAGUUAGUACAGAAAUUCAUUGGUGAGGGCAGUCGUAUGGUGCGAGAGCUUUUUGUUAUGGCCCGUGAACAUGCUCCCUCUAUCAUCUUCAUGGACGAAAUCGACUCUAUUGGUUCAUCUCGUAUUGAGUCAGGCAGCGGUGGAGACUCUGAAGUACAGAGAACUAUGUUGGAGUUGUUGAACCAGCUUGAUGGGUUUGAAGCCACAAAGAACAUUAAGGUUAUUAUGGCUACCAACAGGAUUGACAUUUUGGAUCCUGCCCUGCUUAGACCUGGACGUAUUGACAGGAAGAUUGAAUUCCCCCCACCAAAUGAGGAAGCUCGUCUUGACAUCUUGAAAAUUCACUCUAGAAAGAUGAAUCUGACCAGAGGCAUCAAUCUACGUAAGAUUGCGGAGCUGAUGCCUGGUGCAUCAGGUGCCGAGGUCAAGGGUGUGUGCACUGAGGCUGGUAUGUAUGCCCUCCGUGAGCGCAGAGUCCACGUCACCCAGGAGGACUUUGAGAUGGCCGUAGCUAAGGUCAUGCAGAAGGACUCAGAGAAGAAUAUGUCUAUCAAGAAACUCUGGAAGUAA